CAAUCACGAACCACCGCGGCAGCCGCGUGACUCUGAACCCUCUCUGCCUUCGAGUUGACCAGCACGUCUCAGCACAACAUGGAGGAACAUAGCAGAGGGGGCAGCAAUGGUAUUCUUCAACAAGACCUAAACAACAACCGAAGUGGAUCUGAACAGCAUCGUUCACCUCUCAGACCAGACCCCUGUGACUUCCUGUUGGAUGCUAUUGAUGCUCAGCUUAAAAAACUGCAGGUCAACACCUGUAAACAAGACGGCAGAAAAUCAGCACCGUUUAAAUGGAGUGAGUCUGUGAGCAAAGACACAGGACUGGGCAGUACAGUGUCCCAGACAAACGACACUCCCAUGUCUUGUUUGGAUUUAAUGGACACUCCAACUGCAGAGCAAACACCAGAUGGAAGUAUCGCAGCUCCUGUCACAUUCAUGGAGGCUACAAAGGAAGUGGAUGUAUGGACAAUUAGCAAAAUUGGGACGGAGUCUCACAAGGAGCAGGUCCUGUGGAGACUAGAAAGACUUCUGGGAGAUGCAUGUGAGCAAGGUGCAAUUUCAGGUGAAGACCAUCUUCCUUCAGAAAGUAUCUGCACUGAGGACUUUGUGAGAUGCUUUCGACUGGAGAUGGUGGAUUUGGCAAUGCCACAGGGCAAUGUACAAGAGCUGGACACAGAGGAGAAGGCUGAGAGGACACUGAUCCCUGAUGCUGACACUUGCCAGAGUCACCAAAAUAUAGACAGUGGUGUCAGUUUUGCAUAUCGGAAUGAGAAAAGCAGUAAAUACAAGCCAGAACAAAAGGAUGAAUGUCCUUCACACAGCUCUGGAAUUUCAAAACUACACAACAAAUCACAGAGUCCUGGAGAUAGCUGCAUCAUUUACGACCCAGAGAUGGAAAAAGAACGUCGGAACCACAAGCAUAUUUCUUCUCCGAAAGCCAGGUGUUUAGCAGGCGUACAACUCUGGAAUUUUGACACGGUGUCUAUUGACAGUGAUCUUGACUCGGUCUGUACAGCGCAAGUAAGGGAACAUCUCCUGAAACGUGCCGGAGAUUUUGAAAACAAAAUCUCUCUUCUCCCUAAAACCCAGUGUGGUAGAGAAGAUAUGUCAAGAGCUGAGUUUUCUUUGGGCACUGAGCACAAAGACUUAAAUGAGGAGUCAAAUGAAGACUGGGGCAGGAGGUCCCAGCUUGAGAGGGCAUCAGAGAAUAUGCAUUAUGCUUGGGAGAAAAUGAACACUCGACUGUCCUCCCUGAGACAAAGAUGUGAGAAAGAGGAGGAGACUCUACGAAUGAAAAAGACUCAUUUAGCUGAGGUUGAGCACUCCCUCUCUGAAUUGCAGCUGAGGAGAAAGCAUGCCAUGCAGGAUCUGGAACGUCUCAGUGCUGAGUCGGAGCACAUGGAGACAGAAAAAAAAAAACUGGAGCAUUUGCUAAAAGACAGUAAAGCAGAUAGAGAGUCAAUGAGUUGCAAGUUGCAGAAACUUCAGAGGGAAAAAGAGUCUUGUGUCAUAGAGCUUAGAAGUAUGGAAGAAGAACUAAAGAAGAAAGAACAGUUCUGUGUGGAAAAGAACAACAUGUUUGUGUUGGAGAGGCGGGAGUUGGACAGACAGCUGGAUUGUGCCAAAACUGAACUCUUCUCUGAGCAGCGGCGGGCAAGAGAGAAGCUAGAAUCCAUGCAACAAAUGUUGGAGGAAACUUGUGAGGAACUCUUGAGGGUCUCAGAGGCAGAGACCUCACUGAGGAACAAGUGUACUUGUCUGGAGGAGAAAGAAAGGCAGAAAAAGGAGGAGAAUGAGAGAAUUCAGUGUCAAACACGUGAGCUGCAGAGAGAACUGGGAGCUUGUGAAGCUCGCGUUGACACACUGGAGAAAAUGUUAGAUCAAAAGGAGCAACAACUGCUGGACUUACAGGAGCAACAUGGAGGCUUACAAGCAGAAGGAGACAGACUGAGGGGGGAGCUAGAGUUCACGAAAGGCCAACAUUACAAUGCUCUUAAAGAAGCCAGAGAGCACACACACUCCAUGGAAGCAGCUCUAAAGCAGCAGAUGAAAGAUUUAGUCUUGACCCAUGAGCAGCAAACACAAAAGGCAAGGGAAGAUGAAGCAAAAAGACUGAAGAAUUCUCUUGAGCACCAGAAGGAGGAGUUGAAGAAACGUGAACAAGAGCUGCACACGGAAACACUGGAAAAGUUGCACAAGGCCAUAGAAGAGGAGAGGAGGAAGGGGGAAUUAGAGAAGAUGGAAGCUGUGCACUUUCACUGUAGUUUACUGGAAGAGCAGAAUAGGAAGAGCCUGGAAACCGCAAGGAGUGAGAUGCAGCAAGAACAGAAAAAUGUACUGACUCUUCAGGACAAAGUGACAGAGAUGCAACGUAGAGUCCAAGAGCUGGAGGGUGAGCGCAUUGUACAGCAGCGAGAGCAUGAGUCUCUGCUCGCCGUCAUCUGCAGGUCACUGAAGGAGGAGCACCAGGCCGAGAUGGAGAGGUUGCAGAAACACAUGCUGCAGGAGAGUGGGAGGACUGUGCUUCAGCUGGAGCAGGCUGCUCUGCUGGCAAAGCGAGAAGCUGCAAAGAUGCACCAGAUGCUUGAAGAGAAGGAUAUAAGCCAUAAUGAAGCCAAAGCUGAGCAGGAGCAGCAGAUCAGGGUCUGGGCUCAGGAGUUGGUGGCUGAGUGUGAGCAUCUCCACCUCUUAUUGGAGCAGAGUGGUGGCAAACAAAAUACACUAAAGCUCCUUCCCAGUCCUACCAUAGAUGAGGCUAUCACCUACCUGAAGUCUCUAGAAGACCCCUUGAAGCAUCUGCAUCAGGAGUUGGAUAUGCUGAAGCAAAGCGCUGAGCAGCUGCUUAAAGACAAGGAACGGGAGUUAAGGAUUCAGAGGCAACAGUUGAGGACCGAGCGAAACCUAGUCUUGGAUUCUCUGAAGGAACGUCUCAUUCAGGAGCACAUUGAGGAGCUGAGCAGUCUGAAAUGUUUUUUUACGAAUGACGGAGGGCUGGAGGCUUCUCUUCGCAAGCAGCUGGAGGCCAAAGACAUGGAGCUGAGGCAGAUCCAGAGGAAUAUGUUUCAGUGGAAAGAACAGACCACUGCUCGUCUGGCCUGCAAGUUUGAGGAAGAGUUGACAGCUGAACUGGAAAGAAAACCAUCAAAUAUACAUCAGGAGACGGAAAAGUCAGAUGGUCAGACGAGGCUUAGCACAAAGCAUCAGGAUGCUCUGUAUUCUAAGUACUCCACCUGCGUCUAUGCUGCCGCACCCUACGUCUCGUCAGACGUGGCCUCAUUAAAACUUGUACAUUACUUGCAGAGCAGAGUCAAGCAGCUCCGUGUAGAGAAUCAGACAUGUGGGCCAACACCUGUGAAGACAGGACCCUGCCUGCCUACACACACACUUCAAGAUAGUGGGGAGAAUUCAGAGUCCUUUGUCCAUUAAGGCAGUCUCAAGUUAAGGGCACCACAUACACUAUUUCUUGAACACGUUUUGCAAUUCAGAAGAAAUGAAUCAUUCCUCAUUUUGUGUACUAAAGAUAACAUCUUAACAAGCAGGUCACAGUGACAAAACCAAAGGUUUAGUUGUCGUCUGCAUUUUUGUAUGUGUCAAUGCUUUAUGGUUCAAGGUUUGCAGAUUUAACAGGAGACCUCAUAAAAAGUCUUAUUUGUAUGGUCAUAAAAGUUACUUGUUGAAAUUGUACAUUUGAAGUGAUCUUUCCAAAUAAACAUUUAAUCAACUUUAUUGAUUUAAUUGCAAAACAAAUACAAAGGGAACACGUUUGAAAAUAAUCAGUGUCUUUCGAGUACUUUACAAAUUCUUCAAAGCGUUUUAAUUGCACACUUGCUAAGAAAUAUAGAAAGAUUGUCUUUCAACCACAACAAAUACCGCUCUUGAACAAAGCCAUGCACAUUAGCAUUUAUGAACAUGGAGGAAUAACAAUGACAAAAUGGUAGAAAAAUGAGUUGCUGAUUAACAAACACCUACUGAGAAACAGCAUAUUAGUGCAACGUCAACCAGGCUUUGGCAAAUGUUUAUAUCAAUUAGUACUCAUAAAGCUGAAGCUGUUUUUUCCAUGGUGAAACAAGCGGAAAGUGGGUUACGUAAAUAUACCAGGU